CAAGCGAACAUGAAGGCUCUUGUAACUGCAUUGGCGUUUGUGCUGGCGUACAUCAUAGUGACACAGUCAUUACCUUUUCCUGGUCCAACCACUAAAGCGCCUCCUCAACCAGUGGCACCAGGGCAAUGUGGUGGUGCUUUAGUCGGCCCAUCCGGGAACUUAGCAUCUCCUAAUUACCCUGGAAACUACCCCAGCAAUGCGUAUUGUGUGUGGACCGUAACAGUACCUCCGGGCUCACAAUUCAGGAUUGACUUUCUCUUCAUCGAAACAGAACCUUGCUAUGAUUUGGUGAAAGUCUAUCAGGGAAGAAGGCUGAUCCGUCGUCUGACUCACGGAGGGGAAUCUAAUGACAAAAAAUAUUUCAAGAAUAAAAAUGAUGAGAACGACGACGACGAGUGUGAUGACGAUGAUGAGGACCAAAAGGAUGAUAAUGAUGACGAUGAAAAAAAUGGAAAGAGAAAAUACACGUUUGCCGAGCCUCUGAGAGCAGACAGUAAAGCAAAAGUUGUCUCCGUUCAUGGUAAUGGGGAACCCGUGAGGAUUGUGUUCAAAUCCGAUCCAUGGGUGACAAGGAGAGGAUUCUUUGCCCAUUACACCAUGGGGAAAGCCCUAUGUGCUGGUCCUCUGGCUUCACCAUCCGGGAACUUUACUUCGCCAGGUUUUCCAGCAAAUUAUCCGAACAAUGUUGAAUGUAAAUGGACUAUCACUGUUCCUCUUGGAUCAACUUUGGUUUUCAAUUUCCGCGCCUUUGAAACAGAACGGUGUUUUGAUCACGUCAAGAUUCUCCGUGGCUUUCGGGAGAUACGUAGUUUGAGUGGCAUAUACGGGGCUUAUUCGUGGUUCACAGGGAGACACGACGAUUUCUUAGAUGACGAUUGUGAUGAUGACGACGAUGAUGAUGACGAUGACGACGACGAUUGGAUGAAAAAAUUUCGUCAUGGAUUCGGGAUGACAAAAAUUCAUGGUUUUCCAUUCCUGCCUCGAGUAUUCAUCCUGGGAAAUGGUGAACACAUAUCGACUAAUUUCAAGUCCGACAAGAUUAUCACCUUUAAAGGAUUUGAUGCCACUUACAAAGUUGUACGAGGUCCAGUAAAAGGAAAGUGAUGAGUGAUGACUACAGAAUGAACGCUUUUGAAAAAUCACGCGAUAACAUUUCCUUCGAUGUUUACCUCUCUGCCCUUGAUGUCCUUUAUCACACGCUGUUAUUAGACACGUUUCUCUUUAAUUAUUCCUGAUGAUAACUGCCAAGAUUUUCCAUUGUUGUAGUUUGAAAAAUGUACGUUGAAAUGAUGAGAAGAAAAAAUUUUAUCCAUUUUUUUGCAUGUGGGGUUCACAAAACGCACGUGCGGGAUUUAUUGUCACAGUUUUCAAUCUGAAAAUAGAAGCUCCUCCUCUUGUUAAGAUUAGUGUGGAAAAAAUGGCAUAUUAGAGAUGUAUCCUGCUGUGAUUUGAAACUCAAAUGAGGUUGAUAAGAAGGCAAUACAUAACGCUGCGGAUGAGAAAUCAUUAUGUAAAUCAACGACAUCCUUGAUGAAUCGUGUGUUGCCAAGAUUGACAAGGGCGAUUCACACUGGAUUAGAAGCCAUCGACUAUUUCUGAGAGGAAAUUUCUCACAUAUUGCCAGAUACAAACUUGCAAUCUGUAAUUCAGCCUGGUUUUUCUGCAUGUAUCAUAUUCUUGAGUUCGAAGACAUCUCUUCAACGAUCAAAUAGCCCUGUAUGAGGAGAUACAGUGAACAGUGAAAGCCGCAGCCGAAGAAAUAAGAACAAACGAGUUAAGAGGGCAUGCGAGGCGUUUCAUGGUAUGGAUUCUGAUAUUCUCAAAGUAAAAUUACAGUACCCAUUAUCUUGCUAUUUUUAUGUAAUUUAUUCUAGGAUUUGGAAAUUUAAAUUUGACUACCAAAACUAUCAAAAUUUAGUUAAAUCUGUCGGCGACAAUGCUCUCAAUUUAUUCUAUUUUUGAGCCUUCAAUGGGACAAAUGGUAAUGUAAUUAUUAAUCACACACAAUAAUUUUGCAGUGAUAUCACUGGCUGAAAGCCUCAGGGAGAAU